AUGUACUUCCAAAAGGAAGACCUUGAUCUGGUGCUUGUGCCUACUGGGUUGCUCAUCAUGUUUUCAUACCAUCUCUUCCUCCUCUACAGAUACCUUAAUCUUCCUCACACCACCGCUCUCGGCUUCGAGAACCAUAACAAGAGAGCUUGGGUUGAAAAAAUUGUGCUGAAUUACAACAAGGAUACGACCGGUGCAGCAGUUUCUGUGAUAUCAAGCAACAUAUCAGCAGCAACUUUCUUAUCUACAAUCUCCAUUACCCUCAGCUCUCUCAUUGGAGCGUGGCUUGGAAGUUCUUCCAAUAACGUAUUUCAGAGCAACUUAAUUUAUGGGGACACCAGGGCUGCCACCAUUUCAAUCAAAUACAUAAGCCUUGUCGUAUGUUUUCUUCUAGCCUUUUCAUGUUUUGUCCAAUCAAUAAGGCAUUUUGUGCAUGCAAACUAUCUGAUUAGCAUACCAGAGAGUGAAAUACCUCUGCAAUUUGUUGAGACUGCAGUUAUAAAGGGAGGUGAUUUUUGGUAUCUAGGACUUAGAGCUCUUUAUUUUGCUCUUAAUUUGCUUCUAUGGUUUUUUGGUCCAAUACCCAUGUUUAUUUCCUCAAUUGCUAUGGUAAUUAUCCUUUAUCACCUUGACAUCAAUCAAACUCCGUUGCACCGUUAUUCGUCUCCUGCAGACCGCAAAAAUGAGUCGGUGACAGAAUAUCCGCUGUGGCACAAUGAAGUUCGAUCAAGUUCCACAAAAGAAUGUAUCAAGUAA